UUCAUGUCACACAUGCGUACCGACAAAGUGAAUGGCACACGGGCGCAGAAGUGUCACUGAGGCGACCAGAGAGAUCCGCGGCAGCUGGGGAAAGUCCACGCGGGGGAGAAGAAGGAAGAGAAGCGCGCGUGGAGAGGAUGAAGAUGAAAGCCGCGAGAGGCUACAGUAUCCCACCACCAGUGUCUCCAAAAUCCAGGCUUUAGGACGCACGGGGAGUCACGGCACGUUACAUUUGGGCCAGUUGAGAAAGUUCCGCGACUGUAUACAAUGGUUAUAAAUGAGUCUCACCUGAACAGCUCCUCGCCAGACCCCAGUGACACCGUCCUGAGUCGCCCGCCGUGGGUUACCACAACUUUGGGGUGCUUCCUCAUCUUUACUAUCGUCGUCGACAUCCUGGGCAACCUCCUGGUCAUUUUCUCUGUGUAUCGGAACAAGAAGCUCAGGAAUGCAGGGAACAUCUUUGUGGUGAGCCUGGCAGUGGCAGACCUUGUGGUGGCCAUCUACCCAUACCCUCUGGUCCUCACCUCCAUCUUCCACAAUGGCUGGAACCUGGGUUACGUCCACUGCCAGAUCAGCGGCUUCCUCAUGGGCGUCAGCGUCAUUGGCUCCAUCUUCAACAUCACAGGCAUCGCCAUCAAUCGAUACUGUUAUAUCUGCCACAGCCUAAAGUAUGAUAAACUGUACAGUGACAAAAACUCUGUAUGCUAUGUGAUGUUAAUCUGGGUGCUGACUGUGGUGGCCAUCGUGCCCAACCUGUUCGUGGGUUCACUUCAGUAUGACCCACGAGUUUACUCCUGCACCUUUGAACAGUCAGCCAGCUCAGCGUACACUAUCGCUGUAGUUUUCUUUCACUUUAUUUUACCCAUCAUGAUUGUCACCUACUGCUACCUACGCAUUUGGAUACUGGUCAUACAGGUGAGGAGACGGGUCAAGCCAGACAAUCGGCCUAAACUAACGCCACACGACGUUAGAAACUUUGUCACCAUGUUUGUGGUGUUUGUGCUCUUUGCUGUUUGCUGGGCGCCACUCAACUUCAUUGGUCUGGCUGUAGCAAUCAAACCAGAGGUAGUGGUUCCCCUCAUCCCUGAGUGGUUAUUUGUGGCCAGCUACUUCAUGGCCUACUUCAACAGCUGCCUUAAUGCCAUUGUGUAUGGUGUGCUGAACCAGAACUUCCGCCGAGAGUACAAGCGCAUUGUAGUGUCAGUGUGCACGGCACGCAUCUUCUUCCAGGACAGCUCCAACGAUGCAGGGGAGAGGCUCAAGAGUAAACCGUCACCACUCAUGACCAACAAUAACCAGGUCAAGGUGGACUCUGUCUGAACCAGAAUUUCAGAGGACUACAGAGGGGAAAUGAAUGGAUAUGCUGCAACUGCAAGUUAAAAAGAACAAGACAAAAAGCUGAGUUAGAAAAAUACCAAAAAUAAAUAUAAAAAAGCUUCAUAUGGUGCUAGCCGACCU